UACAACUGAGCAAACGUUUUUAUUUCAGUGUACGUUGAAAAAAAUAAGUGCUACUACAUAUUUCAGGGCUCCAAUUAAACACAGGAGAAUAUGCCUCCUCUAGUAGACCCGAUUCCCAGUGGGGUCGUCUUUGAGUCUGACACACAAACAGCGGAUCUUGGCUUGGACAAAGAUGUAUCGGUGCUAAAGAAGGCGACGCCAAAAAAACACGAGCUGGUCUGGUUUAAUAUAUUCUGGUUCUUGUUUUUACAUGUCAGCUCUGUGUACGGACUUUAUUUGGUGUUUACUUCCGCCAAAUGGCAGACAAAUGUGUUUGCAUUCGCAGUUCAUUUAAUGUGCGCAAUAGGAAUAGGAGCCGGUUCUCAUAGAUUAUGGACUCACCGAUGUUUCAAAGCAAAGACGCCCCUGCGCGUCUUACUGAUGUUAUGGCAAACCAUGGGCUUUCAGGACUGUAUAUUCGAAUGGGCUCGGGACCACCGCACACACCAUAAGUACGCCGACACGGAUGCAGACCCUCACAACGCUGAGCGUGGCCUGUUCUUCUCGCAUAUGGGCUGGUUGUGCUGCAAGAAGAGCCCCGAGGUUCUAGAAGGUGGGAGAAGGAUUGAUCUCAGCGACCUAUACGACGAUCCCGUUGUUAUGUUCCAGAAAAAGCACUACAUGAAAAUGAUGCCGAUACUGUGUUUUGUUUUACCGACUGUUAUUCCAGUGUAUUUCUGGAAUGAGACUUGGUUGAACGCAUUCCUGAUUCCGACAAUUCUGCGUUAUACCUGCGGCAUUAAUGUUGUGUGGAGCGUCAAUAGCUUCGCGCAUACCUUCGGAUAUAGACCUUAUGAUAAGUCACUGAACCCUCGCGAGAACAUCGGCGUGUGGCUGAUCUGUGUAGAAGGCUUCCACAACUACCACCACACGUUCCCAUGGGACUACCGCGCCACUGAACACCCUUUAUAUAAUAUGCUCACACCCACCAUCAUGUUUAUUGACGCCAUGGCUAUGAUUGGUCAAGCUUACGACUUGAAAACAGUAUCGCCGGAAAUCAUAAAGCAGCGUACACACAGGACCGGCGACGGCACCCAUCAUCUGUGGGGGUGGGACGACCCGGAAUUCAACGAAAUGCUCAAAAAGCAAUACGCCAGCGUCAGCCACAGGGAGAGUAAAUGCGCCUAACAUUCAUUAUUGUGAUUAAUUGAGACUAUUUAUGGCUAAGAAAGUUAGAUUAUAUAUACCUAUGCUACGUUUUGUUUUUUCGGAAAGUCAAUAAAAUAUAAUAAAAAAAGA